UGAGCAAGGCCAGGGAUCGAACCCGUAUCCUCGUGGAGACGUCUCAUCCUUAACCUGCUGAACCACAAGAGGAACUCCCCAACUGAGUCUGGAAGGAGGUGUGUGGUGAAUAAAGGCCUUGCAAUGGAAUGAACAGCAUUAAGGCUCAAAGGUGUGAAAGACUCUGGUGGGGGCACAGCACCAUCAGUGGUGGCUGUCCCUGGGAUGCAAAGUCACGUGUGCUUCCUGGGUGGAUGGCUCUGGGUGGAGGGCGAAGCCCAGAAGAGAACACAGAUAAGUUUAAGGGCCUUGACUAGAAUUGAAAAGAAGGGCAAAGAUUCAAGAAAUAUUUGUAGAGUUAAACUAGCAGGACUUGGUAGCUGAUUGGCUGGAGGAGGAGGAAGAAGUGUUCUUAUGAACUCAGGUUUCUUGCUUUGAUGAGGUUUUGGCAUCUGACCUGCUGUUUACACUGAAACUGGUAGGUUCAAGUGGACUCUACACCGUGAGUCCCGAGUGAGGUAAUAUAUCUGAAUAUCAAAGGGCAUUCAUUCCUCUGUCAACUUUUAAACAUUUAAAGAUAUACACUAUCUCUUGAUAAAUGUUAUCUCUUGUAAUUCAGUUCGUUUUAGGCCUGUAACCAGGAUUGGGGUUGAAGGGAGGAAUAGGCAGAUUUCAAAGCAGAAUUUCGGCAAGGGAGACUGAAACUCGUUCCCAGCUCCAGCUGGCCUGGUGGAGGACUUGUGGGGAGAAGCCGAGGGCAGCACCUGACAGGAGAGAAGUGGACCGAUUGGCCACAGGAGGCGUCCCGCGGGCAAGCUGGGGUGAACAGCCUGCCGAGCAGCAGGUGCCCAGCCAGCCAGAGGGAACUGCAGGGACUUUCAUUUCCUCCCUUUCAGCUUUGGACUUUUGUCAGGAGCUAUAUCUCACUCCUAUUCUAAGCAAAAAUAAUUAAGACCAACUGAUCAUUAAAACACCCUUUCUCCACUUAAAAAAAAAAAAAAAGCGAGAAACUUCAUUUCAAGGGACUGUUCCCUCCGUGAAGUGGCGGCAAGCUGUGCUUCAGCAGCACCCUUCUCCUCGGAUCAGGCUCUGCAGACCUGUAUUCCACCUUCAGCAAGUAGGGCACCCCUCUGCUUGUGCGACUGCCCCACCGGCCUAGGGCAUUGGGAAUCUUGUUCAGAAGACAGAGGCAAAGCCAUAUUCAGCCUUGUGGAAUUACUAGCACCCAGCAGCAAACUGCAGAAGACAAAGAGGGAUAGCAGAUGGCUUCACGGAGUGACUGGUGAAUGGUUUGAAGAAAUUCAAAGAAAAAAGUUUUGCAAUGAAAGAGAUGUUAGCCAAAUGUUGAAACAACCACUUACACACAGGCUGAGGAAGGGGAUGGCAGAAAACGAUCCCAUGGAAUUACAAACAUCAAGAUCUAAAAAUACACCUAAUCAAAGAAACCCAACAUCCAUUCCUUUUCGGCUAAGCUUCAGAUCAUCAUUGGCUUCCCUGUUCUCAUUCAGGAAAUCCAGAAAGGAGCCUUCAAAACCUCAAACUCCAGGACAGAGAGGAUGGGACGGCCACACACCUCCUAUGUCUGUGAGGGGAACCACUUUGGACUUUUAAGCUUGGGACAUUUUUGUGGAAGCAUGUUGACUGGAGACGGUCUAGAAACAAUACUACAUUUUCUGGAGUUCCCAUCAUGGCUCAGCAGAAACGAAUCUGACUAGCUUCAUGAGGACACAGCAGGCAAAAAUAAACAAUUCUUCUCUGGAAAAUCAACCCGUUGACAGUGCAUUUGUCCCCAAGCCAGCCAGUAUGAGGGAAGGAAGCGGUGUGCCUCCGUGGGAUGCUUCAAGGCUAGAGGAUGAGUUUUUCCAAGUUUUAGAUGAUUUGGAUAGCAAACUGGCUCAGGAACAAUCUUCAAGCUCAGUGAACAUCAGAGCACCUCUCAACUAUGGAUCAAGGACACAGUUCAGUCCUUUUUACUCCAGUGAGAACAGACACGGCACUCUCACAGGAAGGCACAGAAACUGCUAUAAUGAAACUUCGAAUAUGUCUAUCUAUGAUGUCUUAAGACCAAGAACCCCUCAGGAAGGUUUUAAAACCUUUUCUCCUCGAACAAGGACAAUUUAUGAUAUGUACAGGACAAGGGAGCCCAGAGUCUUAAAAGAAGAUUACAUGCAAAGGAAUGCUUUUGGUAGUACUUCUCUGUGUUUCGACAGCAGGCAGCAAUCAGCCUCACCAGCUGCAGGGUAUUUCACAGCAAGAAGCUUACAUUUUCCAACCUCACCUCAGAACAAGAGUGGGUUUAUACCACCAAGUCAUCAACAGAGCCCAAAGAGAACUCCUUUAUCAUCUAUUGUGUGGAACAGAUCAGAUUCUUCUAGAGACUGGCAGAACCAGGAGGAAUUCCCAAGGGCACCAUCACCAAUGGAAAUUGACCCUGCUGACCAGUCUUUGUACCCCAGGUGUUUUCAGGAUAAUAGGAAAUAUGAAUUUUACCAAGCACAGAGUAUUUAUCAGACUGUUGGUUUCAGUGCCCGGAUAGAUAAUGCAAUGAGUCCUGACCCAUUUGAGAACUCGGAGAAUAUGCCAUUCUACCAUGAAGAUAACCCAUUUACUAGAUCUUUCUUUAGCAAUACCUUUGGACGAAGCAGGGAGCAGAGACUUGGACAAAGUCCUUUUUGGGGCCAACAGGAAGAGUAUUCUUCCUGGUCUGACUUUCGUCAAAGAAGGAAACCAUUCACUUCAUCUGACAGAGACUUUGAAACAAUCUCCAUUGAAGCAAAUAAUGCAUUUGCUGGUCAUGACCAUAAUAUUCCUUCUCAGCACUGGGCAUCAUUUUCUCCUAGUUACAGAACAAAUAUCUCCAGAAACCAAGAGGAGCCACCUCCCUGGCAGUGUGAAUCGCAGACAUCCACACUGGAGAGCAUGGAGAGGUCACAAGUGAAUAGGAACCAGUCUGUACAUUUCAACACACCAGAUGUUUGCUCCAGGACUGAUUCAAGCUAUCACAUCACAUCUGGUGGGUUAGAAUGUCAACAGGACAGUUCUAUAGAAGCACAUAUAAACAAAGAAGCUUACCCACUUGGAAUUGCUCAGACUCCAGCAUCCUCAUUCAAAACUACCUUCCCACAGAUUCCUGAUGACAGAGGGAAUCCUCAGAGUCCCAGCUUUCAGAAUCCCACUGUCACUUUGCAUACAAGUAAGCCUGCCUCUCUUCCAAUAAGAAGCUCCACAGAAGUCGCUGUAACCAACAGUGACUCAGUUGGACCUCCACCUCAUACUGAAAGCCAGCCCAAUAGCUUUGUCACAGAAGUGAAUAAUGAGAAAAACUUGAAUGAAUCUAUUUUGGAAAAAGACAAACAACUGAACAAGAUGGACCAGACAAACAUGACAGAUGAAAUACCCCAACUUGUUUCACAGACAAUAAUGUCUAAACUUUUACCUGAUUUUCAAAAUCCCCUCUCCCAGGACUCAGCCAAGAGUAGCAGACUUGUUUUUAAUGCAUCUACCACAGUAAGCUCAAAAAAGCUUCCUGGAGUCAUUUCCAAGAGAGAUCUCUCCAAAAUUCAUAAAGUCGAUGAAUUAAAAAAAGAUAAGAGUUAUACUGGAAACAGAAAACUUGGCUCAGCAUUCACUCAGGAAAGCAGAACAAUAGCACCUUCUCCCAGCCCAAGUCAGGCUUGUCCCCAGGAGUUAAUGGUAAGUAAUGAUGAUAUUUCAAGCAUUAUUAAAAACAACCGCUGGAGUUCUGAACAUACUGAUAAUCAAAACACACAGUCUCCAGAAAAGCCUGCUGCUUUAGAUACCAAGAAAGAACGAUGUACCACAACUUAUUCUACCAACCAUAGCAAGUUAGCUGCUCACAGCAAUAUGCCACAUGAUUCUUUAGAUCUGCCAUCAGGUACACUCCCAGACUCCUCACCAUCAAAUGCUCCUUGCCUUGAUACUCUGCUGACUCCUUCUACUACAGUGUUCUCCUGGAAAUGUCCUUCAGGCAAAGAUCCAUUUCUGGGAGAAAGAGAAGAAAAGGAUAUUGAUAGCAAGAGCCAAAAUAGUCAGUUUUCGCUAAGCCUCUCAGAAAACAAAAAGAGUAAUGAUAAGUGUGUGCCUGUAUAUAAUGAAGUGGUGGAAGUUGUCAAAUGCCAUUCACACCUGCCUUCCAGGGAUGGAAAGGGAAAAGGAAAAAUAAGACGACGUACAUCCUGUAUUGAAAAGUUAAGCAAAACGGAAAGUCGAUCAUCAUCUACAAGUGACAGCAGUCACCUCACUGAAGGGACUCAAAGCAAUUCCAAGGCUCCUGAGCCUCACACAAUUUACUGCACUUUACCAAGAAAGUCAGCCGCUUUUCCCAUCAGUAACAGGAAGUCUGAAAGCAAGAUAAUGGCUUCUUCGUCUAGGAAUGAGCCAUUUCCAUUCCAAAUCAACAAUGAUGUGGAAGAUCCAGUAGGAAAGUACACAUCAAACAAAUUCAGCCCUAAUUCUUAUGAGUCAGAAAGCAAAUGUUCCGAAGUGGCUUCAGACUCAGUCUCGAUAGCACUUGAAGCCACAGAGGGGAUGAGAAAUACGACAAACACUGGACCUGCUUCCGCUAGAAAAGGACCACUUCCAGUCAAGAGGGCUGUGUCAUGUCCUUUAGGGGUACCAUAUGCCUCACCUGGAAGAGAUGAAAGGGAAGAAGUCUUGCUCUCAGACACUGAUGCUUCCACCAGAACACUAAGUCCUUGGGAGAGACUCAUCAACCCUCUGGGACAUGACUCAUCUGUUCCGGAUUGUGCUUUAAGCCAAAGACAGCACCAAAAGGAAUACUUUCAAGAAAACACUGAAAAGAAUGGUCAAAUUGCUGCCUCUAGGACAGGUAUAUUUUCCCAUCCAAAUGAACGCCCUUUACCUAUUUCUUCAGAUAUGUCUGGAAAAGAAAGUAGGAAAACAUUACACAAAUUUAAGACUACAAGUAUGUUUUCUGUUUCUGGUGAUGAAGAUAAUGUGAAAUGUCUUGAGGUGGUUUCAAUAUAUUAUACUCUACCAAGGAAACACAGCAAGAAAUUCAGUGACCUUCUUCAAAAGUAUACACAAAAUAUCGAUUUACUUACAGAGUCAACUAAAGUGGGGACUGAAACAUCUAAUGUUUUAGAAAAAGACAAACUAAAUUAUUCUACAGAAGAGCAGUCAGGAGCACCUUCAUCUGAAGAUCUAAAGACGCUGGUCAGCUCUGCUCAGGAGAACCAUCACUGUCUUUCUCACACCACUGAAAAUAUGACUGUUUUACAGUUACCAAGUUUGGGCCCCUCAGAACCUUCACUACAGGAAAUGGCUUCUAUUGAGGCCAAUAUUUCUCUCCAUAAAGAAGAAUCUAAAGCUAGAGAGAUUCCCCCACACAGUGUAGCUAAAACGCCUCUCUGUGAUUCACAGAGCAGGAAAGAGAAAGGGAAAAAAUUGCAAAGUGAAACCCUGCAUACUGCAUCAAUGCUUCAGGGGAAAAAAGUUACAAAAGAGAAAUCCUCAAAUUGUCAGCAGUCCAUUAAAUCAGGUCACAGUGGUUUGUCUAACCUCCCAGCCCACUCAGAAGAGAAUGUUGAAAAUUCCCAAAUCAUCAGAAGUUCUGGAGGAUGUACAGAUAGUGGUACAGCCAUCACAGCUAUCCAAAGUCCUCAGAAAGAUACCACAGGCAUCGCUAUAGAUGAGAGCUCCGAUGGAUUGCAGCCUAGGGCGGUCAGAGGGGAAAUUAACACAGAUUUCUCCCCAGAAACUGAUAAACCACUUUCUGACUCAGAAAGUCAAGUCUUUGCUCUUACUCCAGCUUUGCAUAAACUACAGCUUGACCAAGAGACUUAUUCAGGAGAACAAGAUUUAGACAGUAGUUUGCAGUCUGAACCCAGAGAACUACCUUCAAGAAGUCAGGAGGUAAAUGUGGCAGAGAGCAAGGCUAAAGAUGAAAUGCAGAAGUUGGUGUGGGAUCAACCUGCACUUCCUGGAGGAAGUAAUAAAAAUAAAACCAGCUUGGAUAACCUAGAAAAGGGGAAAAACAAACCUUCAGUUAAACACAGAUUGGCAGCCAUGUCUAAAGCAAGCAGAAAAUUUCCAUCUAAAGAUUUAAGCCCCAGAAGACAUGUAGCUACUAUCUUUCCCCAACAUGGGGACAGUUCUGGCUUCAGCACUUUAUCUCUUGGCACACCAGAGUGCAAACCACUGUCCCCUGAGCCUGCUUUAAAGUCCACAGAAUCCGCAGGUGAAAGCAGGCUGAGUAAUGAUGAAAUGAAUGUGGAGAAAUCUGAGAACCCUCUCCAGGUUACUGCAGCAUCCAACAGAGAAUCUUCUACACACUUAAGCACUCAGAAGUCUAACAGGAUUUCACAGCCACAUCAGAAUGAGUUUCAAAAUAUCUCCAGAUCACAAGCGAUGUAUGACAAUUCUAAAGAAGUAUCAGUACCUCAGAUUUUGGAAAGGAAGUCAGGAACCUUGGUCCAGCCCACAAUGAUCAGCCUCAGGGAAGCAGACUUCCCUGACCAGCGGAGGAGGCUAGACCCUCCUUUUCAGUUGGAGCCUGAAGAGAAAUCUGCAGUAAGCAUCCCACUGACCAGUUGUCAGCAACAACAAAGAAGUGCUGCAUCUCUGGAGUGGAAACCUGAGCCACACUCCUAUCGUUCAAAGAGUUUAAAAAGCAUCAAUGUGCACGGUGAUCUGUUACGCAAAAGUCAUCCUGCAAAAGUCAGGGAGCGCCAUUUUUCUGAAAACACUUCUAUUGACGAUGCCCUGAGUCGACUGACCCUUGGAAAUGAAUUGUCUAACAACAGUGAGUACAAUCGAAGAUUCAAAUCCUUUUCUGAACUCACCUCCUGUGAUGAAAAUGAAAGUUGGGCUUUGUACAGAGACAGGACAAAAAUGGGUCGCAGGUCGGCAACAUCUAUAUCAAGACCUAUGGACUAUGGGAUUUUUGGGAAAGAACAGCAGCUGGCUUUCUUGGAAAAUGUAAAGAGGUCACUCACACAGGGGAGAUUAUGGAAACCAAGUUUUCUUAAAAACCCUGGCUUCCUGAAAGAUGAUAUAAUUAGCCCCCCUAACCCAACAGAGUCAUCGAGUUCAAAUCCUCCUAGUGAUCAGAUGCCAGGAGAUGGCUUCUCUCUAAGUGCGCCACUAAAUAUCUAUGUAGAGGAUCCAGUAGACUCAGACUGUGACACAGACACAACCACAGAUGACGAAUAUUACCUGGAUGAAAAUGACAAAGAGUCAGAGCUGUGAUACUUUUUCAAUGAAAUGUAUGACUUUUUAACCAAGAGUUUAUAAUAAAAGUAAUGUGUAAAUAAAUAUAUAUGUCUAUGGAAAGGACAAAUAUUUUUUUAAAAAAUCUAGUCUGGGCAGUUUCUGCUCAGAAACAACCCAAAUUCUCUCUUUCCCUGCCUAUGCACCCUAUAUAUAGACUUCCUGCAUUCUAGAGCAAUGAGUUCUUAUUUAGAGGGAGUCUCUGCUAUUUUCUUCCCCUUUAUACAUCCCUGGCCAUCUGCCACUCAGUCCCAGCUUAAUCUCUAAUUUACUGUACAGUUUUGGCUUUCUGCUCUACCUUCCUCCAACAUGUUGGUUUUUUUUUUUUACACAUUUCAUUGUGAUUUACAAUUCUAAUAUCCCAACACAACAGGAAAAGUCUGCAUUUGCCUCCUCCAUACUCAUAACAGUACCUCCUCUACCCAUACUCAUGACGUUAAAUAAAAUAUAGAGGUGAUGGCAAUGAAGUAAAUACGAUUAUCCUGUUUGACUCAUCAACAUUCAUUUGGGGUUGUUGUUGUUUUUCAAAGAUAAGGGCAUCCUGUAUCCGUAGUGGAGCCAGGGAGGCACAUGUGGAGUGUUUGCGGAGAUGAUAGGGAAGAGCUGAAUCCCUAGUAAGACAAAGAACAUUAGCGCUCCUAGGAUUUCCCUUGAAAUAGUUUGUAGGAUGACACAGAGGGUGGCUUGGCCACAGACUUUCUGGUCAGGAAGGGAACAUACUGAGGGGUGGAAAUAAGCCAACAUCCCUUCAUGAGACUGGCAUCCUUACUGCAGCUCUCCCAGCAACUGUUCUCCGUUUCUCCAGAACCAUCCAUUUUAAAAAUGUUCUUUGUUUGUAGGACAAAACUUUUUUUCCAUCUGAGACGUUUUAGUCACAAGUGGUAGCCUUGGUCAAGUCCCUGAAAUACUACCAAAUCACAGCUGACACCUUAGGGUUCAUAGACUUUCUUGCCAUUUACUAAACCCCUGGGAAUUAAAAGGCAGAACUUCUAAGGGCUUGUCACUAUGAUUCCUUCAGUAACUUAUCAUACCCACUGAUAACUGGGCUUUCCUAACUCUUUCUCCUCCUAAUCAGGAUAAAGACCAAUAAAUAGGUGGUGGUGAAGCUAAUUUGCUGGAAUUACAGAAAUCAUGCAGUCCUGGCUCUUAGUACUGUGAAGGUUGACAUGAAUAGAUUUCAUCUUGUUUGGUUUAUAUUUGCUUCCUGGCCCAAUUUUUGUCUCGAUUUUUUUCUCACCUAGUCUGUUUUAUCCAUAUAAAUUAAGGAUAGUGAUAAAUGUUGGGGAAGUGCGCAGAGAUUUGGAACUGAUAGAAAUGCAAGAGGACUAUAUUAUUAUCCUUUCAGUCAUCGCCUUGCCUAGAAUCAAAAUGCCAGGGCUAGUUUACACUGUUGCCUUGAAACUCAAAAUUAAUGGAAAUGUGGUAAAUAACAUGAAAGCUAUUUCUUAAAUCUAUAAAUCAUCUUAAACUUCAAGCUCCGACCAAUCCUGAGCUCAAAGAAACUGAUGAUAGUUUUUUGGGGUGGGUUUUUUUUUGGUCUUUUUAGGGCUGCACCCAUGGCAUAUUGAGGUUCUCAGGCUAGGGGAUGAAUCAGAGCUGUAGCCUCUGGGCUACGCCAGAGCCACAGCAAUGCCAGAUCUGAGCUGUGUCUGAGACCUACACCAUAGCUCACAGCACCUCUGGAUCCUUAACCCACUGAGCAAGGCCAGGGAUCGAAACUGUGUCCUCAUGGGUACUAGUUAGAUUCUUUUCUGCUGAGCCACGACGGGAAUUCCUGAUAAUAGAAUUUUAAAUCAACUCUAAACAUCUCCAUUUAAAUUUAUAUGGUAAAGAAUAAAUAGGAGUUCCCUUGUGGCACAGCAGGUUAAGGAUCCAGAGUUGUCACUACAGCAGCUCUGGUUGCUGCUGUAGUGCAGGUUUGAUCCCUACCUGGGAACUUCUGCAUGUCCCAGACACGGCCAAAACCAAAAAAAUAAAUAAAUAACAUUUUAUUCUUUGCUUCAUGUAUGCUUAUGAAUUUUCUACCUGCCUUUUUCUAUUUAUCUGAUUAUUUAAGUAAAAUUUCAUAAACCAUGAACUACGUUUUCUAUGCAGUUUUAAAAUAUUCAAAGUUAGGAGUUCCCAUCGUGGUGCAACAGAAACAAAUCCGACUAGGAACCAUGAGGUUGCAGAUUUGAUCCCUGGCCUCGCUUAGCAGGUCAAGGAUCUGGUGUUGCCAUGAGCUGUGGUGUAGGUCACAGACACUGCUCUGGUCUGGCAUUGCUGCAGGUGUGGUGUAGGCCAGCAGCUAUAGCUCCGAUUAGACCCCUAGCCUGGGAACCUCCAUAUGCCCUGGGGUGUGGUCCUAAAAAAAAAAAAAGACAUAAAAUCUUCAAAGUUAAUAUUUCAAUUAAGAUUCUUGGUUUUAUAAAUGAUCAACUUGCAAAUUCUGUUUCAGUAAAUACUCCGAGUUGACAUGUAUGUUACAAAAGGUAAAAUGAAGUUAACUUGUUUUUCACUGAAUUCAGGCUGUAUCAACAGUUAAGUAAGUUAAGGUCAGAAUCAACAGCUACUCUGGAGCCCUGAUUCUCUAUGCUGAAAUCUACUCUCUGAAUCCAAAGGUGAUUGAUGGCCAGUGCUCACCUGCACUAUGUGUAAUGUUUGCUUGUUGGUCUGGCUCAAGAAUCAAGAAAACAGAAAAUUUAUGAAAAUAGCACCUUCUAUAGUUUUAUACUUUUAUAAAGCACUUCGUUAAAGAAGCGUAGCAAAUGUCUGUGUAUUUUAACAUACAAACUGCUGCUUUUUAAUAUUCAUUUUUGGUAUAGCUACAGUAAUUUAUAAUUCUCAUUUUUAUAUUCAUAACAUGUUUUCUAAAAUACAUAAUCAUCAUUAAAGUAAAUAUUCACAUAAAUGGAGUAAAUCAUGAGAAAAUCAAUACAAAUAAGUACCUGGUAAAUUAUUAACUUGUUUAAAUGAUAGACUUCUAUAACCACAAAUCUUACAUGUAAAGUUUAUUUAAAAUAGGACUUAAUGAGAUGAUUUUAAUUCUUAGAGACGUCCUUCUGAAUAAUUUACCUGCUUACAUUGUAAGUACAUUGAUGUUACUAAAACUCCAACUGUUAUGAACAAGGUUUUGGCUGAUGAUAAGCUGAUAAAAGCUAUUUGUAUAGGUGGUACAUGUGUGCCUAUGCUGGAGGUGGUGAAAGUCACUUAGGUUAUGGUGAAACUCCACGCCUCCAUAAAAGUAAUAUAUUUUUAACGCCAAAAGGUUAAGGAGGCCUUAUGGCUAAGAGUUUCAUGUAAAUAAUAGUAAUAAUGCAUUAGAAUAUCCCAUUUAAAUGUACAGCCUAAAUAUGUAAAUGUUAUACUUGGAGGUAUUUGACUGGCAUUUCCGUAUUUCUGAAAUGUAUAAUAAGCCUUAAGCACUUUGGCUGAAAUGUUGUCAUAUAAACCUUUUAUGUACUUGUUCUUGAACCUGUUCUCUAGCUAUGAAAUGUGUUACAAGACAAGGUGCAAAUUUAAAACAAUGCCUGUGUUGAAAUAAAGGAUUUAAAUAGA